CCAUUUCAUACUGCUUCCGGAUCUCAAAAUCCCUGCAACAGAGUACGCGGAAGAGUGAGACACAUUUUGUUGUUUUUUUUUGUUACAUACUGUAUAUAUGCAUUCUGCAACAUUCUGAUUUUAGAAAUACUACGUGAGGUUGCCAUGACAGCAGAGGAGCAGUUUAAGGCUGUAUUUUCUCCGACUGACGAAGAAAUUGCAAAGUGGAUGGACUGCGCUUUCGAAAUGGCAAAAGAGGCGCUGGACAAUGGAGAAGUUCCAGUGGGGUGUUUGCUGGUCUAUAAGGACGAAGUGGUCGGGAAAGGACGGAAUGAAGUCAACGAAACCAAAAAUGCCACCAGGCAUGCAGAAAUGGUGGCCCUGGACCAACUCCUGGAUUGGUGUCGUCUUGGCAACCAGGAUGCUAGGAGCGUGUGUGAGCAAACGGUCUUGUAUGUAACCGUGGAGCCCUGCAUCAUGUGCGCCGCUGCGCUCCGCCUUAUGAGUAUUCCAUUGGUGGCGUAUGGCUGCGGGAACGAGCGCUUCGGAGGCUGCGGCUCCGUCUUGGAUGUCUCUUCGGCUGAGCUGACUCGCACGGGAAAUUCCUUCAAGUGUGUCACGGGCCACAGAGCGAACGAAGCCGUGGAGAUGCUGAAGACGUUUUACAAGCAGGAGAAUCCCAAUGCACCCAAACCCCAAACCAGGAAGGAGUGAGAUAGAUUUUUUGAAUGUUUUGUAUUUGUUUUCUGUUGUUAUUUUGAAUACAGUCUAAGCCAGGCGUGGCAAAGUCUCCCGCCAUUCCACCUGUUUCAAGUGAUGAGCUCAUCAGCAAACUUUGCAGAAGCCUGAUAACGAUCCUGAUCAUUUAAAUCUGGUGUUUUGGAGGAGAGAAAACGUGGAGUAUAGCGGCCCAGAGGACCGAAGUCGCCCACCCCUGGUCUAAACUACCAAGUGGCAUGUUUGAAAAAGUCACUUCAAAUAUCCUGCCAGCAGGGGGCGCAGCCGACGAACUGACAACUUUGUACUACUGAAUUUGCAAUUGUUGACUGCAUUUUACAAGCAUUGCACUGCUUGUCACAACCUUCCCUUCACACUUAACAGGAAAAUGGGAGCGCCAAAUGCACUUCUACUCAUGAGCAUGCAAAUAUAUGUAAAUGUAAGGGGAGUAUUUGAGCGUUUGGAUGUCACCGCAGAGGAAGAGAAGAUGGAGAUGGCUGAAGAGAAAGCACACACCAGUCAGAUUUCAAAACGAGCAUAGUCUAAUAGGAGACGUCACUUUUUGGAAAAGUGAGACGGCAGCACCCGUGAAAAUAAACAACACAUUUCUUCUUUUUUUUUUAAGACAGUGAAGGGUUGUGUUGAUGUCAAGUCAACUGUAUUUAUAGAGCACUUUUAAACAGCCAUCGUUGUAUGUACAAUGUGAUGUGAUUCUAACGUUCCUAAUGAAGUGUCUGGUGAGCGUGAAAGGCCAGAAAGGACAAAAAGCCACUUUAUGGAUUUAUUGUUUAUUAAGUUAAACAUUCAAACCUGAUCCAAUAAAUAUGGUUUAUAUGCAGAA